AUGAGGAACAUGUAUGGCACAUUCUACCAUGAUCGUGGAGAAGUUCGUGGAAGGAAGAGCUCGAAUUUCAGAAAACAAUAUUCUCAUAAGGUUUGGGUGCCCGCUAUACCAUCGUGGGAGAAAGAAUUCUGCCAAACAAUCGGCUUAUUCACAUGGGAAAAUUUCUUAAAGGCCAAAAGAGAGUCGAUACAUUCGCCAGGUAAGAUCAUCGAUUGGGAUGACUCGGCAGCUAAGGACGCGUUUGACCACGCCAAGAAUGCUUUUUUCGCCAAGAAAUUCAAUAUCGAGCACCCAAAUCAGGCCACUAAUUACCCAAUACCGGGCCCGGAUUUGUAUAUUGACAAGAUAAAAUGGGACGAUGAUGGAGUGAGUCCGGAUAAUGAGUUUGAACUGAGUCGAGCUGCGAGUGAUGAUGAUGAGGAGGAGGAGGAAGAUGGUUUUGAUCAUUCUGCAAUUGAUGUUAAUAUGAUAAAGCCUACAGGAUGGAUAGAUGAUAAUGAUCAAGUGUAUUUUUCUAGUGGCAAAGUUUUGGUAGGUCUUGUUAUUGGGUAUUGA